UGUCAAGAAACUGUCCACAUAAUUGACAUUCACUUUUCUCACUUUUAAUCUCCCCUCCUCUCUGAGAGUUUCCUGUCUAUCGCAACGCGUUAUACAACGCAUGGACCAUAUACUUAGCUAAACACGCCACCAUGUCCAAAGCGAGAUUAUCAGCCAUUGCUGCAGCGAGCGCUGCAGCAGGCGCUGGCGUCGCCCUUUGGUACACGCACAAACCCGCGAAACCACCUCAUCCCGAACACCCUCCCCUCGAAAUCAUCCCUCCAUCUCCUCCGGAUACUAUCCCUGUCAUCGGCACCCGAUCCCUCCCCGUGCAGCGUCCUGGUCCCGCGAUCAGUGCAAAGGCACUGGGUCUCAGCCCCGUCGAUCCCAAAGGCAUUCUCAAGUACGGCUCUCCCGGUCCCGUUGCCGAUGAAUUGAGCUCGCUGCCGCUGUAUGGCGCCUACGACCGCCGGACCAGGAAUCCCUCGUGGGUUGCUGAGCAUAUCACGCCAGAGUCGAUAUCCCAAGCCAGCGCAGAUCGCAAAAACGUCUUUCGGGCAGAUAAAUCCAUCCCCGUGGCGUUUCGUGCCGAUCCGCGCGAUUAUUCCAACUCUGGGUACGACCGUGGUCACCAGGUGCCGGCCGAGGAUGCAAAAUGGUCGCAAGACGCCAUCGAUGAGACCUUCCAAAUGAGUAAUAUGUGUCCACAGGUGGGAGUGUGGUUCAAUCGACACUACUGGGCCUACUUUGAGGACUUUUGCCGCAGGCUGACCCAGCGAUAUCCGUCUGUGCGGGUGGUGACUGGGCCUCUGUAUCUGCCGGAAAAGGACGAGGAUGGGAAAUGGCGAGUGAAAUAUGAGGUUAUUGGGAAUCCCCCCAAUGUGGCCGUUCCCACUCACUUCUACAAAGUCAUAUACGGCGAGGAAGAAGAUACAGAUGACACGACAGGCAAGGUGGCUGUUGCGGCAUUUGUCCUUCCCAACACCCGCAUCCCAACUGAGAAACGGCUGGCUGAAUUCGAAUAUAAUAUUGCCGACCUGGAGCGAGCAAGAGGACUUGAGUUUGUGAAAAACCUGGACCAUUCGCGUCGGCGACGUCUUUGUGAGGAGGUCGAGUGUGAUCAUCGAGUGAAGGAUUUCAAAAAGGCAGUAGAAAUCGUUGAGGAGGAAUAGUGCAGGACUUGAGUAUAGCUAUAUGUUCAAGUAUCGUGUAUACUAUCCUUAAACCCUU